AUGAACAAGACUUUGGCAGUCGGAUGUACGUGGGCUAUUUUAUUGUGCUCCAUAGGUUUAGUAAAUGGAGUGCUGUACGAAGUGUUGUUAAACAGCUUUGAGGGAAUUCCUCGGGAUAUAGAAGACAUGAUCGAUUACGGGACUAUCCGUUUGACGCGCCAGGGAAAGAAUCAGCUUGGUGUUUCGGGUUCCUUCACCGUGCUUCAAAACGCAGGCAGAGAAACACAGGUCCGCUGGAUAGUUUACAAAGUCAACUUUAUGGGAAACAAACAGAUGUUCGUGAAUGGGGCUGGUUCCUUAUGUGAGAUCAUUGCACAAGAUGAAGUCGUUUAUCCGCAUUUGCUGGAAAUGUCUAACCUGCCCCCACAAGACUCGUGUCCUUUUCCAAAGGGCAAUUACACGAUCCAUAACUACGUGCUGGACGAGCAACGAUUUCCACCAGCAUUGCCCGCUAGUGAUUGGAUAAUGGAAGUGAUAUUGACUCGCGAUGGUAAAGUUGGAGGUGGUUUCAGGGUUAAUUUAACUACCAAGUAA